UCAACAGCUAUGCUAACUAGCUCGAAUCCUUUGCGAAAUGCUUCCCAGCAAGCUGAUGUUACCGCAAAUCCCGCUUAUACGGUUUCUGGUCAUUUUUAUGGGAUGCCGCUUAGUUAGUUAACUGAACCAAUAGGCUCCGUGUUGUCUUCGAGUUCUGUCUCAAACCGGCCCUCAACUUGAAGGGGAAAUGAUCCAGCUGAGCGUCCGUCGCUGGACGCCCAAACACGUUGCCAAAUGGCUGAGAGAAGAGGGCUUCUGUGACUACGUGGAUCUUCUGUGCAACAAGCAUCGACUGGAUGGCACCAGUCUGCUCGCCCUCAGUGAGUACGACCUGCGCUCGCCGCCGCUGGAGCUCAAGGUGCUCGGCGACAUCAAGAGGCUCAUGGUGUCCAUCCGCAAGCUUCAGAAACUGAACAUUGACKUGCUGGAGGAGCUGGGUGUUCCCUUUGACGGCCUCUCUCCUUCUAGCUCCGGCAGCAACUCGGACUGGCUGUGUAACGGAGAGCAGGGCAGRGACUGCGACAGCACUGACACGGCCCCGGUGGGAGAGGAGUACAACCACAGCCAGUACACUAAUGGGAAGUACAAGCAGCAGAUGAGACGCCUGGACCCAGAGUACUGGAAGACGGUGCUCAGUUCUGUGUAUGUGGUGUUUGUGUUCGGGUUUACGUCCUUUGUGAUGGUCAUCGUGCACGAAAGGGUGCCGGACAUGCGCACAUACCCUCCACUGCCGGACAUUUUUCUUGACAGCAUGCCUAGGAUACCGUGGGCCUUUGCCAUGGCUGAGGCGUGUGGAGUGAUUCUCUGUAACAUCUGGCUUCUGGUUUUGCUGCUACAUAAACACAGGUCCAUUCUUUUGCGGCGCAUGUGCAGCCUGAUGGGGACGGUUUUCAUGCUUCGCUGCAUCACCAUGUUUGUCACCUCCCUGUCGGUGCCGGGACAACAUCUGCAGUGCUCAGGGAAGAUGUAUGGUGACAUGUGGGCCAAGCUGCAGCGGGCCGUGGCCAUCUGGAGUGGUUUUGGAAUGACCCUGACAGGAGUUCAUACGUGUGGCGACUACAUGUUCAGCGGCCACACUGUUGUCCUGACCAUGCUUAAUUUCUUCGUCACAGAGUACACUCCACGAAGCUGGAACUUCAUCCACACCUUGUCUUGGGUCCUCAAUCUGUUUGGAAUCUUCUUCAUCCUGGCUGCUCAUGAACACUACUCCAUCGACGUCUUCAUAGCCUUCUACAUCACUACCAGACUCUUCCUGUACUACCACACUCUAGCCAACACUCGCGCGUACCAGCAGAGCCGGCGAGCCCGCAUCUGGUUCCCCAUGUUCUCUUUCUUCGAGUGCAACGUCAACGGGCCCGUCCCCAACGAGUACCGCUGGCCCUUCUCUAGACCUGCUGUGAUAAAAAGGCUCAUUGGAUAAYUAAUAGCUGCWUUUUUUUUUCAAAGUUUGCUUUGUCAAGUUGCCAAUUGAAGAGGURUGUGACAUCCUGAACCACAGACACCUGAUAGGAUAGACAGAGCCAUACUGUUGGUCUUUUCUCUAACACGCCUCUUCUCUCAUCGUUUUUUAGGCCAAUUCGUCAAAACCUACAAGKUUCUAUAAAUGCCCCUUUUAUCUUAUUUUGGUAAAUUAAACCCAAAAGAGUUGGUAGAAGUAAACUAGCUAAUAUGUUGGUUUAAUUUAAGUUCAUGUAAAGUUUGGUUGUACCUCCAAGGUUAUUUAAUAUCAAACCAUAACUGUGGCUCUUUGUUAAACAGUAAGGAUGGAUUUACAUUACUCUGAUCUGUAAAUCAUAGUUUUUGUGAUWUUUAUAAGUCAUGUUAUUACUGCCUUUUGCACUCCUUGAGGUCAUGUUUGCGUUGUGAUGUUACAAAAUCUGAUAAGAAAUGUUUUUGCUCAUUUAAAGCUUAUUGUUGUAGAUUAAUAAUGGCAACAUUUCUUGAUUUCUGGUUUUAUGUUUUCUAAAAAAAAAAGAAAAAAAAAAGCCAUUAUCAGCCAAAUAUUUGAAAUUACUUUUUUCUGUAUGUCUUAAUGCCAAUUACCUUCAGUAUUUCAGCGAURAGAUUCAGCUUUGUAGAAAUGUUUUACUUUUUUCAUGUUUUCAGUUGAAUAUAUGUAUGAUUUCAGCUGAAAGAGAACAAUGCACUGGAACCUAGUGGGCUCUAAGACCAAGACCUUUUCCCCAUCACGAAUCCUUUGAAUUUAGUCUGUACUAAACAGAUCCUUAACAAAAGUGUUUGUAUUUAUUUUAUAAAYGUCAAUAGAUAUUUUUAUAUUCCCCUAUACAGAGUUAGAGCAACAUGCACACAGCAAGUUAUGUUUACAGUUGCUUUAUACUGUGUAUUGACUGACAAUGUGCUAUUUAAAUGUAAUAUUGAUUUCAAAGAAGGCUAUAUUUCAUUGAAUGAAAGUUGCCACUUUAAAAAGUGAUCAUAGUUUGAUCGUUGCAAUGUGUUAGAAGAGUUUUUUUUAAUGGAUUUAACACUYCAAUAAGGCCUUUGAAAAAGGGUAAUGUUUGAUGCCACGUUUCUUGUUUCUGUUCUGGCAUUUCUAUCAUUAAAGAGCUGAAAAUCAA